AUGGCAAAGUCCAAGAACAUUUCUUACCUUCCUCCUCUUCUUCCUGCAAAAGCAGGAGAAAGAUACAUCUCUGAGAUAUGCAAUCCACCUCAUCACAUCUGCUGCCUUGGCUUGCCAGAAGAGGAAGGGAAGCUUGUGGAAAUGGAGGACAUUAGUCGUGUUUACAAGUUGUUUUGGGAUGUGAAGAGAUCAACGCAAUACUUGACGGAGUAUCAGAGCCAGUACAUGUUCAAUGAAAUGCCAACGGGGGAGGGGGAUGAAGGUGACACCAGUGCCAUGAUGGCAUGA